GAGGCGCAGGCGGCGGGGGCGGCGGCGGGCGGCGGCGGGCGCGCGGGGUGCGGGCCGGCUCGGGCGCGGAGGAUGAAGUGGAGCGUCCGCGGGGCCUGCGCCGCGCUCUCCGCCUGCCUCCUGCUCGCCUGCGCGCUCAGCGCCGCCGCCGUCGGCCUCAAGUGCUUCUCGCUGGGCUCGGAGCUCCGCGGGGAGCCGUUCCGCCUCGGGGCGGCCGCCGGCGCCUUCUACUCGGGGCUGCUGCUGGCCGCCGGCCUCUCGCUGCUCGGCGCCGCCCUGCUCUGCUGCGGGCCGCGGGCCGCGCCUCUCGCGGGGCCGGGCCCGCGACUCGGGGUCCCCGCCGCCCCGGCCGGCGCUCCGGAGACCGCGCCGGGCGCGCCGGGGGCCGCGGCCGAGCCCGCGGGGCCGGGGACCAGCCAGAACCUGCUCCUGCUCGGCGCCCUCGUCUUCAUGCUCGGGGUCCUGAGCGCCUUCGCGGGCGCCGUGAUCGACGGCGACGCCGUGUCCCUCGUGGAGCGCAAGUACUCCCACUACUGCCUGCCCCCGCGCGCGCCCGCCUCGGCCCCGGCCCCCGGCCCCGCGGCCCCCGCCCCCGGCCCGGCCCCCGGCGCGCCGCGCGCCCGCGCCACGCCCGCCAAGUGCCGGCAGCUGAAGGACUACCAGCGCGGCCUGGUGCUCUCCACCGUCUUCAACGCGCUCGAGUGCCUGCUGGGCCUGCUCAGCCUGCUGCUGGCCAAGACCUACCGCGCGGCGCGGGCCCGGCGCGGGCGUCGCGGACGGCGGGGAGGCCGGGCCCCGGCGCGGCCCCGCGGCGGCUCGGGGCUCCGUGCGCAGCCGCCCGCUUCCUGGGUGCGGCGAGGCCGGCGGGGUCGGCGGCUGCAGCAUCGCCCGAGCCAGGCUUCCAUCCUGGCCCCGGAGGAGUCGGACUUGGCCGCCCCCGGGGACUGCGCGGGCUUCGCGGCGCACCACGCCGUCUCCUACAUCGACGUGGGCGUCGUCCGCGCGGCGGACGAGGCGGGGGUGGAGGUGUGCUGCGGAGGGCACCCGUCCGUGGAGCUGCCGGGGUACGCGCCCUCGGACCCUGACCUCGACGUCUCCUACCCCUACUGCUGCCGGCCUCCCCGCGAGACGGCGCGUCCCUGGGAGCCACGACGCGCCUGCUGAACCCCGACCCCGGACAGACUCGCGGGCGCCUCCCCAGCCACCACCAACGCGAGGGGCGCGGGGCCGGCGGGGCCGAGCCAGGUGUCGCCUCCCCCGGGCUGUGGCCGGCGCCUCCCUCCGAGUACCCCCGCCGCGAGCCCGGCCUCCAGUGUUACCGUUUCUGUGUCUGGGAGGUUUCUCUUCGCCGUGUCUGUCCGUAUCCGGAUUCCAUUUUCAAGUUUACAAUAAAUGUUCGGGGUCAGCUCGCCCCCACCGCACUUCUCUGUGGCAAGUCCCUUCCCUGGGCGAGGCUCCCAGGUCCCCGGUGCGAGCUGGCGGGGGAGGAAGACCCCCCUCGGAGCGGACAGAAGGACAACUUCCGGAACGAAAGACAGGACGCACCGCCGCCGGCAACACUUUGUACACGGAUGUGCCUGCUUUUGUCGAAACUUUCUUACUGUAAAGCUCCAUAAAUGGUGACGAUGUUUGGUAAAUUAAUUGCAAUUUAAAAUUGGUGAGUUCCUUUAUUAAAUUAAUUGCUAUGUCAUUGGAGUUAGAAGAUGUCUUCGCACAGGUCAGUUUGGGGGGCAAUGGCUGAGUUUACCAGACGUCAAUCCCCGCAGCGCUCUCCGCUCCGCUCCGCUCCGGGUGGACU